UGGAUGGUAAAGAGUGCCAUUACAUUAUUCCCAUGUCUAGUUCUAUUUCUAUCGAUAUGAACUAGGUUGGAUGGAUGUCAACUCUUCGGCAGGGGGUGGGGGAGGGCCCAGAGAGCUCAGCUGUACGCUGAGGGUGGCUGUUGGAGCACUGCUCAGCUGAGAUGGGUUGUUAGGGAAGUGACGUCGCAUUUGGAUAGGGCGCUCUCAAUUGAUGAGGUGCUUUUUUGAUACUUUUUCAUAAAGACACGAUUUUGCUAUUCGUCAAAGUAACGUUAUUUGAGGUAUGAAUUGGAUAGGUUCCCCUGUCGUGCAAGCAGCAAGUGAAAUACCGGUGUCGACGUCGCGUGUUAGCCAGCUGCUGCCAGGCUCAUACGAUGGCGACAAGGCUGAGCUGCUACGGGAAGACCAUUGGAUCUGUUAAUGUUAGCCGGAUUUGUACUUUUUCUCUCCUAUUUUUAGUUGUACAGUGUCAUAUUUGUAAGCAUGAAGUACCGCAUCCUUCAGAGGUCAUUCACAAAGUGCAUCUAAAACCAGAAAGGCUCACUAAAAGGAGCAUCGAUCAGCAAUUGAAUGUAAACAUCAUUUAUGACCAGAGUGUUGAUAGGCUACCUGAGGACCAAGGGACACUUGUGAAGGAAAAGCUAUUUCCUCAAGCGAUUGAUUAUCUUCAGAAAGCAUUCAGAGUCCGAAGACGAGCAGGUCCAGUGCUACUCAGCAGACAAUGUGCAACCAAUCAGUACUUGCGGAAGAGAGAUGACCCCCAUCGUUACUGCCAAGGAGCAUGUGCCCAGGUCACCAGAUGUGGACCAGUUGUCGUGCCUGAGCACCAUUUGCAGCAAUGCAAAGUGUGCAGCGAGACGGGGAAGUCGUGUGGGCCGGCCGGACCCCCUGAUGGAGAGGGUGCGGAGGGGGCAGACUUCGUGCUGUAUGUGAGCGCGGUUACCACGGAGCGCUGUGGACAGGAGAACAUCGUGGCCUACGCAGCCUACUGCCAGCUGGAGGCGGAACUGGACAGGCCUGUCGCUGGUUAUGCCAAUCUGUGCCCCCGGAUGAUCUCCACCCAACCUCUGGAGUUUAAUGGCAUGCUGUCCACUGUCAAACAUGAGAUCAUCCACGCCCUGGGUUUUUCAGCAGGACUCUUUGCAUUCUAUCACGAUGAUAAUGGGAAGCCACUGACCCAGCGCUUUGCGAGUGGCUUACCAGCCUUCAACGAGAGCCUAGGAUUGUUCCAGUGGAGUGAUAAGGUGAUUCGGAGGGCCACGCGACUAUGGGACAUUAGUGGCAAGAGAAUGGUCCGGCACGAAGUCCACCUCUUGGUGACCCCGCGCGUGGUGGCCGAGGCCAGGAGACACUUUGACUGCCCCAUCCUAGAGGGCAUGGAGCUGGAGAACCAGGGGGGGAUGGGCACUGAACUGAACCACUGGGAGAAGAGGUUGCUUGAGAAUGAAGCAAUGACUGGAUCUCACACGCAGAACCGAGUGUUCUCAAGAAUAACAUUAGCCAUCAUGGAGGACACAGGGUGGUACAUAGCAAACUACAGCAUGUCAGAGGACUUGGAAUGGGGCAAAGGUCUGGGCUGUGACUUCGUCAUGAAGAGCUGCAAAUUCUGGAUGGACCGUCAGCGGCAGACGAGGCGUAGCCAGACCCCAUACUGUGACUCUGUGCGGAGCACCCCCCUCCAGCUCACCUGCAGGCAGGACCAGCUGGCCGUGGCUGUGUGCAACCUGCAGAAAUACCCACAGGCCCUCCCCCUGGAGUACCAGUAUUUUGACCAAAUCGGUGGCGUGCCGUCGUUGGAGCUGCCCUCGUACGGUGGUGCCGUGGAGAUCGCAGACUUCUGCCCCUUUAGUCAGGAGUUCAGCUGGCACCUGAGUGGAGAGUACCAGCGCAGUUCCUACUGUCGAAUCCAGGGCAACCAGCCAGAUGCAUGGAGAAAUUAUGGUGCGGAACAGUACGGCCCAAACUCAGUGUGUCUGUAUCAGAGGUCGCCCUUCACCAUGGAGCAGUGCACCAGACGCAUGACCUAUCCAGACUGGGGCAGCGGCUGCUACAAGAUGUCCUGCUCUGAUCAAGGGCUGAUGGUGUGGGUGCAGGAGCAGCCUUUCGUGUGUGUGCGAGCCGGCCAGCUGCUCAACGUCAACGUGCGCUUCAACGGCUGGGUCUACAGCGGCGCGCUGGUCUGUCCUGCCUGCACAGACUUCUGCAGCUCCUGCCCCCUGCCACACCAGCUCCCCCAAAUCAACAACACACAGGUGGCUAAGAUUGACCCCUGCUCCAGCUGCUCUGGCCUGGUGAUCACCCUGUGGCUGCUGCUGUUAAACCUCAUCCCCCUCCUGGCCGGGUUCAUCUUAUGUGGCUAAUAGGGUUCUUCAUCUCAUACGCCUGGAGGGAGUCCAACCCAGUGUAGACUUACCAGCUCCCAGCCAAUGGACCUCACUUCUCCGCUGGGGCCCAGAUCUGGCGAGGGGAAAACCUGAGGAGGAACAGCAGGAACUCCUCAAGGAGCAGCAGCAGCUACAUCCAUGGUUCAACUACUGUAACAAACAGGGAGGUACAUCCAGCAGAGCCUGCGGGAGAGAUGCUGUGGGAUAAGCCAUUGAUUGCACUCCUUUAUUAUCUAGCUAAGUGCCAGUAUGUAAUACUUACCUGUCCGAAGCCAUAGGCUCCAGAGCUGGAGAGAUGCAGGUGUUCUCUUGGCGUGCGAGGUGCUAAAUGUCCAACUGUCUAUCCAUCCCCAGUGAGAAGGUAGCAUUUUCUACAGUACUGGGGGCAUGUCAGGCAAAUACUCUGUCCUCCUGCUGACCAAGAGUGGUGCUUUUUUUUUUUUGUGGGAUAAGUAGACGCACCUUUUUCUUUACUUUGAAAGUGAUGGAUUGCUAUGAAUGUUUUUCUAUUUCCUUUAAGGUGCAUAGAGUAAAGGAAAUGUAUAGUUGAGACUGUAAAAUGUGGCGAGUUUUUGAAAAUGUUUGAUGUUUGUGUAUGGUCUUGAAACUCUAGUGGAAUAUGCGUGUGUGAGCUGUGUGUCUGAGAUUAGGCGAGUACUGUCAAACAAAUAUGUGGAGGACAUAAUUUAUUAAGUUUAGCUACAAACGAGACAUUAUUUUUGUGCAGAAGGAACGUUUUUUGGUAACCCUAUGUGGGGGAAAAGAGAUGGUUCCCGGAUGGAUGGAUCAUGGUUCCUCAUGGUUCCUCAUGUUUCCUUGUGUGGUCCACCAGUAGUUCUAUUUAACCAUAUCAUUAUGUUGUGUGGCAAUGAGAGAUGGCAGAAAUGUUUCUGUCAAGCUUGCGCUGGGAUAUGUCAUAAAUCUAACCUUGCUUAAGGUGGGUAUGUCCACCAAGUAGUAAGUCAUGUUUUGCUAGGGGUUCAAAUACUUAUUUUCCCCAAUCAAAUGCAAAUCAAUUCAUAACUGUUAUGAAAUGCAGUUUUCUGGAUGUCUUUGUUGAUAUUCUGUCUCUCACUGUUAAAAUAGACCUACCAUUACAAUUAUAGAUCACACAUUUCUUUGCAAGUGGCCAAACUUGCGAAAUCGGCAGGGGGUCAAAUACUUAUUUUCCCCACUGUAUGUCCAUGGAUCUAUGUACUUUUUCCCCAAAAUGCAUAGUUACGUUCAUCUGUAGGUUGAAUGUUUUGUUCAGUCCAGUUGGCUGAAAUAUUUUUUUAAUCCUGCACUCAAUUCCAUACUAGAUAUGAAGACUUAAAAUGUUUUAAACUGCCGAUCAUUUCAUGAGAGGAAUUUACCUUGGACCCCCCCCCCCCCCCCCAAUUUAGCUUGCAUUAAAAAUGAAUCGGUGUGAGGAUCAUUGCCUGCAAAUGUACUGUGAAGUAUAAUCAGUAUGGUGAGUCAUGAGUGAAAUCUUAUUUUAUUGUUGGCUGAAGGAUUAGGUGUUAAACUUUUCAGUUCCCUCACUUUCUAGUGAAGUUAAACUGCAGAUGCUCUACGCUUCUGCUGUUUGUUUACAAAACAUUCAACUAACUCUCUUCCUUGCAGACUGUUUGAAUCUUUACCUUUUGUCACCCUUAUAUUAAACUUGCUAAUGUCAAGAGUCAAUAUUUAUAGAAACCCAAUGAAGAUAUGAAAUGGGUAAUACAGUUGGAUAUGCGGUGGCAGCUAUGCUAUUAUACUAUAAUAUGUUUAUGUUGAUUACAGUGGAAGGCACUAUUCCUGAACUGUUAACAAUUGGUCAGGAGGCAAAAGAGUUGCACAGAUCAUCAGAAAUGCUACUUUUUAAUUGUUUCUAUUGAUUAUUUAUUUUUUAAUUGCAGCAGUAAUUGAUUUUUUGAGAAGGGCUGGUAUGAGAUUUGUAUUGAUUUAUUGUGUUUAUGUCUAUAUAUGUAUUUAUGUCGUCGUCGUCGUCCCCCCCCCGCAUCAUCUCUGCUAUGCCAGUAGUUAUCGCACAGAGCAGAUGAGCCUUAAUGUGCCGGGAUCCCAGUUCUGAAUUAUUUAUUUGAAUUCUGCACCACAAUGCCUACCAAUCAUUACAUCAUUUUUUUUUAUUUCUAAAAAAAUGGUAAUGUGGUAGGUUCUGAACCCCACAGUUUGUCUGUUGUGUUUGUUUUAAAAUAAGAAAUGAUUAAAUGAUGAAGGGGUGUCCUUCCAUGUGACUGAUCGAAUAGAAGGACAACAUUAUCAUGUACAGUGUAUUUCACUGAGAUGAAGUCAGUGUGGUAUAUUUUGUCCUGUUUUGUAUUGGUGCAUCUGUUUAAAUAUUUAUGUGGAUUAUUUGAAAGGUGUAAGGUAUAAAAACACUUAAUAGUUUGACAGCUGAUUAUGUUCAUUCAACACUGACCUCCUAUCCUGUUACAUCAUAUAAUAAUUGCUAUGGAGAUUGCUAUAUAAGUUGAAUUCCCCUCCAGUUGGUUCAAUUCAGGAUACAAACUCAUAUGCAGUGUUUUACGUGUUAUUCUUGUUCGGCAAUGAAGUGAAUUAUAAUAUUAUCCCUGAACUGGCAGAACUAAUGAAUAUACCAUAACCUCUGA